AUGGACUAUGUCCUCAUUCGGAGGCGAGACUGGCGGGACGUGCUGGUGACAAAGGCGAUCCCGGAUGCCGACGGGUGAGCUGACCAUAGUAUCGUCAUCUCCAAGAUGCGGAUUCGCAUACAGCCUCACAGGAGACCACAAGGUAAGCGACUCACAGGUGAGCUGGGUAUUGCUUUUUUGUCCUUGCCUGCUCACCUUCCCCAUUUCAGCAAUGAGCAAGUUCAACGGCUAGCCAAACUUCCAGUCGCCGCCGCCGACGAGAACGCUUCCGUGGGAGACCGAUGGCAUCAACUACGAGGCAGAGUCCAGUCAACAACCCUGGCCGUCCUCGGUCACGCACGCAGCCAACACCAGGACUGGUUCGACGACAACGAUACCGCCAUCAAUAGCCUGCUCCCAGAGAACCGCCUGCACAAAGCCUACGUCGACCGCCCCACCGAAGCCAACAACUGUUUCCUACAGUUAACGCUACCUAGGGCAACAGUGGCUCCGCGAGAUGUAGGACAUCUGGACGGUUCGUGAGGCCGAGAUGCAAGAGUUCGCGGACCGCAACGAAUGGAAGAACUUCUUCUCCGCUAUCAAAGCUGUUUACUGUCAGCCGAGUUAGUGUACUGCACCUAUUCUCAGCGCCGACGGGAGCACCCAACGCACUAAGGAGACGAAUUCUACAGGGAUGGGCCGAUCAUUUAAAAGGCGUCCUCAACCGUCCCGCCGCCACCGCCGCCGCCGCCGCCGCCGCCGCCGCCACCACCACCACCACGAGAACACCACGGUCGGUCAGUAGCUCCUCAGCGAGAAAGCGCCCGGAUCGAACGCGAUCCCUGCUGAAAUCUACAAGCACGAUGGAUCCCAACUCAUGGAUAAUCUGA